AUGCUGAUGCCCAGGAAGAUUUUAUUGACUAUAAUUUUCUAUCGUGCACUGUGUUGGUUUCUAAUCCGUACAUAUUUCAUAGCAGAUGAAUACUGGCAAUCGGUAGAAGUGGGUCAUUUUCUUACAUACUCUUAUGGUUAUUUGACAUGGGAAUGGCGUCCAUCCGUAGCCAUUCGUAGUUAUUUGUAUCCACUAAUUAUCUCGUUCUUGUACAAAUUAUUAAAUCUAUUUCAUUUGGAUUUUGCUCAAUGUCUCAUCAAUAUUCCAACAUUAUUUUUGACAAUUUUACAAAUAUUUAGCGAUUAUUCAUAUUAUAAACUGCUACGAAAACAUUUCAAAUUCUCAUCAAAUCUCAUUUAUUUAACAUUCCUAUGCCGUUUUACAUGUUGGUAUACAAUUUAUUCAUCAUCUCGAACAAUUGUGAACAAUUUAGAAGAAAUAUUUCUUAUCCUUAGAAUACGUUUUAUCAUUCAUGCUGCAUUAUGUUUUAUAUCAUUAAAUCUAUUUAAUUUUUUAUUAGAUAGUUUUAUGUAUGAACAAUUUACUUAUGUACCAUUGAAUUUUUUUAAAAUAAAUAUUCUACAUUCCAAUUCAAUAUCAUCUCAUUAUGGAAUAAAUGGAUUGAUGUGGUAUUUAACAAAUGGAUUACCAAUGAUCUUUUUAUAUCGUAUACCAUUAUUAUUUGUUUGUUUAUUCGGCAAAUGUAAACCAAAUUACAUCUAUAGAAUGCAUUUAUCAAUUGUUUGUUUAUUUACAAUUAGUUUCUACAGUUUAAAUAUACAUAAAGAAUUUCGAUUUUUAACACAGUUAUUACCAUUACUAUUUAUUCUAGAAGCAUAUGGUCUUGAUUACUGUGUAACAAGAAAAAUGAACAAACAAUGGAUGAAUGAACUACUCAUAAAAGGUAUUUAUUUGUCAUUUAUAUUUCAUUUAUUGAUUGGUAUCUAUUUUUCAUGUUAUGAUCGUCGUGGUCAAAUUGAUGUCUUACAUUGGCUUAGAAAGAAUGUCAAAUCAGAUAGUACUGUUGAAUUUUUAAUGCCUUGUCAUUCAACUCCAUAUUAUUCUUAUUUACAUCGUCAAGAUGUUAAUUUAAAAUUUUUAACAUGUGAACCAAAUUUAUCCUUAUCAAAUAAGAAUAAUUCUUAUAUCGAUGAAGCCGAUCAGUUUUAUGCUAGACCAAUUCAAUCAAUGGAAAAUAAAUUAAGACAAAAUAGAGAUUACAAAAAUUAUUAUUUGAUUAUGUUCGAAACAUUGUUUAAAAUUGUUGAAACCACAUUGGUAGAAAAUAAUUUUAUAGUAGUCAAACAAUUGUUUAAUUCUCAUAUUCAACAUACAUUAAGACAUGGAAAAAUGAUUUAUGUUUUAACAAAACAGUAA